AUGCUUAUAGUAUAUGUGGAUGAUAUUGUUGUUACUAGCAAUGAUACAUAUGAAAUCUUUGAACUCAAAGCCUAUCUUGGUAAGGAGUUUGAGAUCAAGGACCUAAGAAGGCUGAAAUACUUUCUUGGUAUUCAGGUGGUACAUUCAACCAAGGGUAUUGUUUUCUCUCAAAGAAAUUAUACUUUGGACCUCCUCUUAGAGACUGGUAUGUUAGGGUGUAAACACCUGGAUACUCCUAAUGAGGUUAGCUCUCAUCUCAGAAGCAAGGAGGGUGAAACUGUUGAUAAAGGUCCGUAUCAAAGGCUAGUUGAAAGACUCAUAUAUCUAUCCUACAUAAGACAAGACAUAGCUCAUGCAAUAAGUUUGGUUCCCUACAUGAUCAUAGCUCUACUAUUGGCUACUUACUGUACAUUUGUUGAUGGUAACUUGGUUACGUGGCACAGUAAGAAGCAGUCAGUUGUGGCUCGAUCAAGUGCAGAGGCAAAAUUUCGAGCUAUGGCGCAUGGGAUUUGCGAGCUGCUUUGGUUGUAG